GCUGCCUCAAGAUGUCGGCCUGUGAUGUGAUUAUUCCCAUUCAUUUUCAUUAUGCCUGCACACAGAUUAGGUGCCACAACCCUGAUGUGGCAUCUCCUGGUCAUAUGCCUCACACAAGUCGCCGCUGAUGGAUCUGGCAUUCUCGGGGCUGGUAAAUGGCUCUACAGGCCUACCUGUGCACACUCUUGUCGCCGGCUCAUUAUUAAUUCACCUCUCGUCUGCGACGAUGACGCCACAAGCGAUCACACAUCUGGGUCUCACGGCCAAUCCGCCGCUCCUUCCACAACCUGUUUUUUGAAUAAUAUGCCCUUCUUGCGCACAAUGGCACUGUGUCUCUCAACUCAUUGUGCCUCAGAUGAUAUACCUCUGUCAACGCUUCAGGAAUACUGGGAGGCUCAUCUUGCUACUGGAACGCUGUCAAAUCGCCUCCUUACACCUGCAUUACCUUAUCAUUCGGCUUUGAGGGAUGCAGAGUUGGAACAAGCCAAUAGGAGACUGGGAAAUAUAAACUCCGGGGAACCCCUCAACGAGACCAUGCUGGUUACCGUCGAUGUCUUCCUUCCAUGGUAUAACUACCAAAAGGGCUUCGAGGAUGGCGAGGUCGGUCAUGGCCGAAACAGUAUCGUCGUAACAACCACCGCCGUUGGCCUCCCUAUACUCAUCUCCCUCUCCACUUUGCUGCCAUAUCGCUGGAUUUCUCUUAUUUCUUACCAUCUCGACCAACCCCUUGUUGGGUGCGUCUAUCGCGUUGCCUUUCUCAAAGCUGGGACCAUGCCAACCCUUGGACAGGCACUUUUCUUCGCCUAUCUUGUCGUGAUGAAUGUCAUCCUCAUGUGUCUUCCGUUGAGUCUGCGGCAGCCAAACGCUCGUCUCACUGAGCCCUCUCGCCAGGCCUUGCAGGUCAUUGGUGAUCGUGCAGGUGUGUUGGCGGCAGCAAAUCUGGUGCCACUCUUGCUGACAUCGUCUCGCAACAACAUUUUACUUUGGCUGACCAAUUGGAGCCACACAACGUUCCUUCUCACCCAUCGUUGGCUAGGCUACAUUGUCAUCGUUCAGACGGUUGUUCACUCGGCAGGUUUGCUGCAUUACUCCCUCUUAUAUUCGAAUCAUGCAGCUGAUGCCAAAUUGCCAUACUGGUACUGGGGAAUCGUUUCAACACCUGCUCUCUGUCUGGUGUGGCCGCUAUCCAUACUUCCCUUGCGUCAAAGAGCCUAUGAGAUCUUCCUCGUUACCCAUCAACUUCUCGCAGCUUUGGCCAUGAUCACUUACUUCUUGCACAUUUGGUAUCUUUUCAAAUAUAACUGGGGUUACGAAAUCUGGGUGUAUGUUGCAGGAGCCAUCUGGUUCUUGGACCGGUUGCUCAGAAUUUUCCGAAUUGCUGCAAAUGGCACACGAACUGCUGUCAUAACAUCGCUGGGGGACGGCAGCGAGCUUCUGAAUGUCCAGAUUGAAGGUGUUCUUGCCGAGGGACACGUCUAUCUUUAUUUCCCAACACUAACGUGGCGGUUUUGGGAGAACCACCCCUUCUCUGUAUUGUCUUCAUUCGACUUGGCCGCUGAAACACCUAUGACGGUUGAAUCUGCUGGUGAUCCAGAGACAACGGCCAAGAGGUCUGCCACCGCUCAAAUGGAACCUGUGACGAGAAACCCCAACCCAGGCCAGGUUAGGCGCGAGGCGGCUCCGGGGAUUCGUCUUCUGCUGCGACCGCAGAAUGGUUCCACGUUCAGAUUGCUCGAGAAGGUACAAUCCAAAGGGUCCCCCUUGUCAAUACCAGUCUGGGUUGAGGACUCCUAUCAUACACAGUCAACCAAGAAACUUCUUCGUUGCUCCAGCCUUCUAUGCAUUGCAGGAGGGGUCGGCAUCACAGCCGUUCUGCCGGUCCUGCGAUCCUAUCAUGGACCCUCGGCAAAGCUGUUCUGGGGUGUGAAGCAUGAUGACAUUGUCAAUGCCGUCGCAGCGGAGAUUGACGGACUCGGAGCUCGCAUACAAACAGAGACCCUAAUAGGGGAGAGGCUAGAUGUUGAGACUAUUGUCCAGGAUGAGAUUCUGAAUAGUGAGGCCCGUGGAACCGUUGGCAUCAUGGUAUGUGGCCCGGCGGAAAUGGCAGACCAUGUCAGACUCGCAAUUGGGAAAGUGGCUGGGCGCACAAAGAGGGGCAUCAUUUUCCUUGACGAGGCCUUCGCUUGGUGAGGACUUGAGCCGGUUCUCGCCGUUUCAUGUUUGUGUGGAUAUCUAGACAGAUGCAUUCUUGCAUAGCGAGAGGGUUGGUAACUUUAUACGCAUUAUGGAGCGUAGCUGCAGUGGGUGGACUGAAAGCAUGGUCAAUGAACUCGGUAGACGAGACAAUUGAACGGCGGACUUGUUGAUUGGUACAAGUGGGCUGAAUUGACGACAAGUAUUU